AUGCCUUUGACCGAAUUUUUGCUUCCAGCCUCCCCAGUCAUCUCUGUUGCUACCUGCGGUCGCUGUGAGUAUGCCCAAGACUCGACAGUAGUGACUGAGCUUGCAAUGGUCGAUGCUAUAGCUACCGACGCGCCGAGUCUUCCGACUGUCUCCUCGACGGUCCUGACCGAGCUUGUGGUUGCAGAAGCUCCUGGCGCGCCGUCGGCCGCUGAAGGGACCGCCUCCUCCGAUGAUCUCGAGGAGUUAUAUGCCAGUCUCCAUGAAGAAGGAGGCAGCUCGGCCUCGACUCCUUUGGACGACUCUAGGGCCGUCAUCGAAAGGCUCCGAGAGUACCUAUUCCUUAGGGUUCACCAAAUGACCACUGCUGAGGCAUUCAUGGAGUUCAAGUCCUGUCUGGAUACGGCCAUGGCACUGGGGCUACUUGACUCGGCUCAGCUGGAUGAGCUACAGGCUCGCUUGGCCGAGAGCGAGGAGAUGAUCGGUCGGUAUGCUGAGGCAAACAUAAGGAUGACCGAGGGAUGCUCGCUCGAGCAAGAGCUGUCGGCGAUAAAAAACCAACUCCAACCUGCCAUGGCCCGCUUGAAGGAAAAUGACCUCGUCAUCCGAAGAGAGAAUGAGCAACUUGCUUAG